GCCGGGCCGGCUCCGCCCCGCGCGCUCCGCCCCCUCCGCCCCCGUCCCCGGGCCCCCGCGGCCGGCGAGCGGCGCGGCAGGUCGCGAGCGGCGCCCGGAGAUUUCACCUGUGGCUUCUCCUGCUGUCCAGUCUCUCUGCCAUCCUGGCCCUUUGCUUCUGACGACUCAUGAGAACAGUGGUCCAGCCCCGAUGACUCAGAAUGCUUGUCAUCAUACUGGAUGGGCCACUGACCGACUGAAUUGCUUUCAUCUUUUCACCACACGAGGAAGUUGUCCAUGCAGCUGAGAUAUUUGUUGUGGUCAUUUUGGGUCAUUGAGGUUGGAUGCGUUUGGGAACUUGAUGCAUAAAAUCUGCAUGACUACUCAUUCCCUUCUGCAUCCGUCCUUGGAUUCACGCCAGCAUGGCUCACAGCACAGAGCUUAACGGCUGUGCCCCAGGUAAAGCAGACACAGUUCUGAAUGGAGACCAUGACAAGGAGCAGAAAGACCCUUAUUUUGUGGAGACCCCCUACGGGUAUCAGCUGGACUUAGAUUUCCUCAAAUACGUGGAUGACAUACAGAAAGGAAACACCAUCAAGAAACUGAACAUCCAGAAAAGGCGGAAACCGUCUGUGCCAUGCCGGGAAACGAGGGCCGCGGCCGGCCCGCCGGGGCUGUGGGCCUCCACUGAGUCUCUCUCAUCCUCCAACAGCGAUGAGAACAAGCAGUGCUCCGGCUUCCCACCAGCCAGAAGCCAAGCUACUUCCACGCCAGUCCUAAGACUCCCGGCCCCGCUAGAGACCUCGCCCACUUUUCUCACCAUCCCAGAGAGCCGGCAGUUGCCACCCCCGUCACCCCAACUCCCAAAGCACAACCUGCAUGUCACCAAGACGCUGAUGGAGACGCGGAGGAGACUAGAACAGGAGCACAUCAGCAUGCAGGUGGCCCCGGGUGAGUUCCGAAGGCCCAGGCUGGCGAGUUUCGGGGGCCUGGGCUCCACCAGCUCGUUCUCCUCAUAUAUGGGCUCUGGAAGCCACAAUCCCCCCGCCAUGCACCAGCUUCAGAACGGCUACCAGGGCAACGGGGACUACGGGGGCUAUGCCGUGGCCCCUGCUACCACCUCCUCCAUGGGGAGCUCCGUGCGUCACAGCCCCCUGAGCUCAGGCAUCUCCACCCCGGUGACCAACGUGAGCCCCAUGCACCUGCAGCACAUCCGGGAGCAGAUGGCCGUGGCCUUGAAACGCCUGAAGGAGCUGGAGGAGCAAGUGCGAACCAUCCCCGUGCUCCAGGUCAAGAUCUCCGUCUUACAAGAGGAGAAGAGGCAGCUGGCCUGCCAGCUGAAAAGCCAAAGAGCCGCAGCCCAGAACGACGCGUCUGGCGUGCGGAAACGGUCCUACAGCGCCGGCAACGCCUCCCAGCUGGACCAGCUGUCCAGGGUCCGCCGGCGUGGCGGGGAAUUGUACAUCGACUACGAGGAGGAGGAGAUCGAGAGCGUGGAGCAGAGCACGCAGAGGAUCAAGGAGUUCCGGCAGCUCACGGCAGACAUGCAGGCCCUGGAGCAGAAAAUCCAGGAGACCAGCUACGAGGCCGCCCCGGAGCUCAGGGCGAACGGGCAGGACCAGGCUCCCGAGUGCCGAUCCGUGGCCGCGGGCCCGGAUGAAGCCAUGGACGACGUGGUCGUGUACCACAGGGGCUCCAGGGGCCGCCGGGAUGCUGCUGUAGGGACAGCCCUCGAGUCGAGGGAUCUGGGGGUCGGCGUGACCGAGGCCAUGCUGGGAGUGACAACUGAAGCAGACAAGGAGAUCGAACUGCAGCAGCAGACCAUCGAAGCCCUGAAGGAGAAGAUCUACCGCCUGGAGGUGCAGCUGAAGGAGACCACGCAUGACAGGGAGAUGACGAAACUCAAGCACGAGCUGCAGGCCGCCGGGUCCCGGACCAAAGUGGACAAAGCCGUCCAGGCCCAACCUCUUGUCUUCAGCAGGAUGGUGGAGGCGGUGGUGCCCACCAGAGACCAGAUGUCCGGGGAGCACGUCACCACGGUUGACGCGUGUGUGGGCGCCUCUGUGCCAUCCCGCAGCGUGGGCGUCUCCUGCCAGCCUGACCGUUCCGAGCACAAAGCCGUGGGCCCCGCGCUGCCCAUGGACGCCUGGGUCGUCAAGGAGAGGGUGGAAACGCAUGACCGAGGGACCGGGAGGGCCCUGGAGACCUGCGAGAAGAGCGUGGGUGUGGAAGUCAGCUUCUGCGACACCAGCAGCAACACAGAGGAGCCGGUCGGCGGCCUGGCACAGCCUCAGACCCACCCGGACCUCCGGGACGUGCGCUCGGUCGGCUGCGGGGACUGCUCCGUGCAGGUGACCGUCCGGCCCCUGCAGGCGUGCACGUCCCGGGCCGUGGGCACAGAGGCCGUAGGCCAGGUGGAAGCGGCCGUCCUGGCCGUGCCCCGCACCGCCAGCCAGCACACCAGCACGGCCUCGACCCAGGCCGACCGUGCCACCAACACCGAGACGGCCACGCUGCGAGAGGCCUGCACCAGCACCGCCCUGAGCACGCAGGACAAGCAGACCAGCACCCAGGCCGCGGAGGUGCGGACGGUGGCCGUGGGAGAAGGCCGCGUGAGGGACGUCAGCCCCGCCGUGAAGACACGCUCCGUGGGGGUGGGAACGGUGCUCUCGGGCCAGGCUGGCUUCGACAGGCCGUCAGCGGCCAAGACCAAAGAGGCAGGGGUGGGUCAGAUAAGCGUCAGUGACAACUAUCUGGUGGGACUGAAGAUGAGGACCAUCGCCUGCGGGCCGCCCCCGCUGCCCGUGGGGCCCACCGCCAGCAGGAGGAGCGUGGGUGUGGGGGACCAGCCUGUCGGAGAGUGGCUCGGCGACCCUCAGCCCCCUCCCCCGCCGGGAAUGGUGACGGGUUUGGAUCACUACAUCGAGCGUGUCCAGAAGCUCCUGGCAGAGCAGCAGACGCUGCUGGCCCAGAACUAUAGCGAACUGGCAGAAGCCUUCGGGGAACCUCGUUCGCAGAUCGGCUCCCUCAACUCACAGCUCAUCAGCACCCUCUCGUCCAUCAACUCCGUCAUGAAAUCGGCCAGUACCGAGGAACUGAGGAACGCCGACUUCACCAGAGCCAGCCUAGCCAACAACAUGCUGCGUGUCUGCAAGUGUGGAGUUCUUCAGUCUUCAUCAUCAAACCCCCAGCAUUUGGAGGAGAUGGGGACCCCAGAAGGAAGGUCUGUCAGUGACCAGAGGACCUUAACCUCACAGGAAAGUCCGCUGUGUCCCGUGAACCUGACUGACGACCAGAUCGCCACUGGCCUCUACGCAUGUACAAAUAGCGAAAGUACACUGAAGUCCAUCAUGAAGAAGAAAGAUGGCAUCAAGGACUCUAAUGGAGCGAAAAAGAAUCUCCAGUUUGUUGGCAUCAAUGGAGGGUAUGAAACAACUUCCAGUGAUGAGUCCAGCUCAGAGGAAAGCUCUUCUUCCGAGUCGGAUGACGAGUCUGGUGUCCUCGAGUCUCCUCCUGUGGAAGAGGAGGAGGAAGCGGAGGACGAAGACAUUCGGGGAGAGGCGGAAGGGCACCAUGGCGUUACGGUGGAAGGUUUCAAGUCCGCCAGGGCGGAAGAUGAAGUGCAGGUUCACGAAUGUGAACCUGAGAAGGUGGAAAUCAGAGAGAGGUAUGAAUUAAGUGAAAAGAUGCUGUCUGCCUGCAACUUACUGAAAAAUAAUAUCCACGAUCCCAAAGCUUUGACCAGCAAAGAUAUGCGGUUCUGCCUGAACACCCUCCAGCACGAGUGGUUCCGUGUGUCCAGUCAGAAGUCGGCGGUGCCGGCCAUGGUGGGGGACUACAUCGCCGCCUUCGAGGCCAUCUCGCCCGACGUGCUCCGCCACAUCAUCAACAUGGCCGAUGGCAACGGCAACACGGCCCUGCACUAUAGUGUGUCGCACUCCAACUUCGAGAUCGUGAAGCUGCUCCUGGACGCAGAUGUGUGCAACGUGGACCACCAGAACAAGGCAGGCUACACGCCCAUCAUGCUGGCCGCCCUCGCCGCCGUGGAAGCAGAGAAGGACAUGCGGGUGGUGGAGGAGCUCUUUGGCUGCGGGGACGUGAACGCCAAGGCCAGCCAGGCUGGACAGACAGCCCUGAUGCUGGCCGUCAGCCACGGACGCAUUGACAUGGUGAAGGGGCUGCUGGCAUGUGGGGCCGACGUCAACACCCAGGACGACGAGGGCUCUACCGCCCUGAUGUGCGCCAGCGAGCACGGCCACGUGGAGAUCGUCAAGCUGCUGCUGGCACAGCCAGGCUGUAACGGCCACCUCGAGGACAAUGACGGCAGCACGGCGCUCUCCAUCGCCCUGGAGGCCGGACACAAGGACAUCGCGGUGCUCCUGUAUGCCCACGUCAACUUCGCCAAGGCCUCCUCUCCGGGCACCCCGAGACUGGGAAGAAAGACUUCUCCCGGCCCAACCCACCGAGGCUCCUUUGACUGAUCCUGUGCAAACAGCCAGCCCCAAACAGGCCCCCCGUGACGCUGCUAAUCGUUCCUGUCGGGUGACAGCUACUGAAUGUAUAUGUCUGUGCCUGAGCUCACCAGCACACCGCGGCCGGCAGGAUGCCGAGAUGGAGGGUCAGGCCGCACCACCUCCCCCCGGGUGGGACACACCUGACUCCAGGCUCUGUCGCAUCUCUGGUCCUCACGUUAGGUACAGCAGGAGGAGCUGGAGGCAUGACCCGAGCUGGGCAGGUGGGCGACGCCGGUGCUCCUUCCGCCAGGCGCCCAGGCCCAGGCAGGUCUCACUGACCUAGUGGUCCGAGGCAGCUCCACGCAUAUUCCCCUCGACUCUGUGGAACCAUGGGAGAACGUGGAAAAUCUCGUGCCGGACUGGACUGGUUGGGUUUGCUUUUUCUUUCGUCUGUAUUAUUUUAAAGUAAGAAUGUUGUCACGACUUGGUGAUCAGUCACUUAGGCCUGGGCCGGUAGGUUUCUGGUAUAAAGAUAAAAGAUGAAACUCUCAAAAAAAAAAAAAAGAAUAAAACUCAAAAGAAGAAAUGUUUUUUUUUUUCCAGCUAGGUCUUUUUUUAGCUGGAUGUACUAUAUGGCUUUUUCCUUAAGAUGUACCUAUGUACAAUUGACACAGUAUUUUCGACUUUUGUAUUCCAUAGUGAUUAAAGACAUGAAGAACUCCAUGUAACCCUAUCGCGUUUUUAUUCACAAUUGCACAGCUCUGUACUGACGAAUAAAGGCGGGAACUGUAGUAGAGGAAUUGGCUCGGCGCGUGCCGCUGUCGUUAUUCUCUCUGUAUUUAUGGAAUCCUUCAUACCAUGUCACAUUUACUUUGGUCUUUUGUGUAUUUAAGUGUUUGAAGUGCCUUAGACUCUUGCCAUAUUUGCAAAAUAAAAUUUCAUUAAGCUCU